UCGACUUCUAUUUGGAGUGACACCAACUGCAACCUGAGCUCAGUGAGUGUAGCAUGAGAGGGAGAGACUCAGACAGGCACUGAGGACUGUUGCUUACCCUCAUACGUUCAUACAUUAUUGUCGCCCGGUCUGACAUGGAAUCAUAUCUCGACCUACCACGGGAGACCACGCCUUUUGCAGUUUAUUGUUGCCAUUCCUCAACGGCCGAUCAAUAGCAUCGCAUCACCAUUCUCGAUACCCGCUCUCGGAAUCGAACUGGGCAUGUCGACCAAAACUAUGUCCGACCCGGUCCAAUCGACUGGCCCAAACCCCAAAUCCAAGAAGAAAAACAAGAAGAAGAAGGGAGGAGGUCCGAAGCCAGGGAACCAGGAUAAUGCCGCGAUCGAUGGACACGCGAAUAAAGCGCCGGAAUUUUUAGAGCCAGAUGAUGAGGAUACGGGGCCGCCGGGUUCCCCUGCUGACACUCCAAUAGACGUGAACGGAGACAGCGAAGAAAAAUUGCCACCGAGUGGAGAUCCCGUACAGCCUUCCGAUACGGUAAUUCCCACCGAACUCAGCAAUGGACUCCAUACCCAUACCACCAAAGCAACGGAGUCGGGGGAAGACGAUACCGAGAGCCGUCUGGAAGCAAUGGCGAGGGAACGAGACGAUCUGAAGGCGAUGGUGGCUGAUUUGCGCGAAUCAUUGGAGUCGAUACACAAGAAACACGAAGAAGAUCUCGGUGGUAUCCGAGAAGAACUUGAGGAGUCUCAGUCGGCUCGGGAGCAUGCCGAGUCGCAAUAUCAGAAAUUGUUGGGCAAAGUGAAUACGAUCCGUUCGCAGCUCACGGAGCGACUGAAAGGCGAUGCGGAAGAACUGGCCCAGGCUCAAGAGAAGAUCAAGGAGUUGGAAGAGAGGAACGAGGAACUGGAGAGUUCGGCCGAUGGAUUCCGCGAGGACCUUCAGACGGCUUCGAAUGAUAAUAAACGCCAGUCCGAAGAGAUCGCCGACCUCCGAAACCGCGCGAGCCUCUCGCAGCAGAAUUGGAUCAAGGAACGCGACGAGUUGAUCAGCCGGGAGGCAUAUGCUCGGGAGGAGUUCGAGACGGCCAGACAAGCCAUGCUCGACUGGGAAAUAUUAGCGACGGAGGAACGAUCUAAAAAAGAAAGCCUCGCCGAUCGAGUGGGAGAGCUCGAGGAGCAACUCGGCACUCAAAGGGAGGCGUAUGAUAGGGCAGCAGCCGACCGAGAUAGCCAGUCUCAAACCGUCGAGAGUCUCCAACGAGCAUUGAAAGACAUACAAGAAGCCCGGAAGAAGGAGUUGCGUGAAAUGGUUGAACAAUCGGAAACCCAACUGGGAGCGUUGCGCAAGCAGCACGAAUUGGCGGAAGAGGAAGCCAAGGUGGCGAAGCAGGAGUUGGACCGGACGACCAAAGAGCUCGAACGUGCCACUCCGUUCGAGAAGGAAGUAAAGGAAAAGAAUCUCUUGAUCGGCAAGCUUCGCCAUGAGGCAGUGAUCUUGAACGACCAUUUGACGAAAGCCCUCCGGUUCCUUAAGCAGCGGAAGCCGGAAGACAUGGUGGAUAGACAACUUGUUACCAAUCAUUUUCUACAGUUCCUCGCCCUCGAUCGAUCGGACCCCAAGAAGUUCCAAGUUCUUCAGUUGACAGCAGCUAUUCUUUGCUGGGAUGAUGAACAACGGGAGCGAGCCGGUCUUUCCCGACCCGGUGCAUCGAACUCCACCCUCCGGGUCCCCAUGUCCCCGUUCCGACGGACGUCGAGUAUCCCAUCCCUCACCGACGCAUCCCUCCAGGGCACGCAUUCGCCCAGCAAGGAAAGUUUGGCGGAGCUGUGGUCCGACUUCUUGGAACGAGAGGCGCAGGAGGGGUCGAAUCGGUCACGGAGACCCAGCACCGCUCACAAUUCGCCGGCGUCGGAGAAGCCACCUCCGGGACUUUGAAUGUCUGGAUGCCUGGUCUCGAGCUUGUCAUAGUUGGGGAGCGAUUGUUUGAAAGAAUACGCCGACCGUUCGUCAUCUAUGGCGUCUGGGGGUCAAUAGGAAUAAUUUUGAGCGGUCUGGGUUCAUGCGAAGGAAUAUGAGCAACAAUAAUUGGUGUCAUUGCUGAGAUGUACCAGAUCUGGCGUUGGCAUGGCUUGUUUACACAAUAGCUGGAUGCGCUCACUCGACUUGAUUGCGAAAAGAGGCGUCAUGUUUCUCAGGAUUCAUGAAUCCCUUGCAUCGUCGAGGAAGGGAUCGAUAUAGAGAUUGUAAUUCGAUGAAUCGAGUCCACAACUUCUGCGGCAACAAUACCUGUAUGGGAGAUAAAGCGUGGAAUACGUGUGAGUGUA